UGCGGGCGGGCAGCCCCCGCCACCCCCUGCGGCUCCGCAGGGGCUGGGAGCGGGGUGGGGUUUCGAGCUGGCGGCUCGGCUUGGCCGUCGCGCCGGCCCCUGACCCUGACCCCAGGCGGCAGCGGCGGGUAGGAGAAGGAUGCUGUAGCUAUUACAGUGCUGGCCAGCACCUUGAAGCACCUGCAUUUUUUUUUCCUACUCUGCCACAGACUUCCUUAGUGAAGUUGGGAUAAAUGGGUGUAUAUGACUUUUCCCCUCAGCGGUUCCAUGUCUUGUUUGGACUGUUCCUGUAUUCUUCGUACACCAGUUGAACCAAUCAGACCAGAAGAGCUAUCUCAGAGCAGCACCCGUGAAUGCCUGGCUGAUUCUGAUCUAGCCUGGAUUCCCCCAUCUACAGGAAGGAAUGAAAUGGUAUUUUGCUCUUCUAAUGUCUCUCACUAUGAACUCCAGCUGGAAAUAGGAAGGAGAUUCAACAACUUAACUUCAGUCUACCGUGCACGGCAUACACCUACAGGCAUGCAAGUUGCUGUAAGGAUCACAGACCUAGAAAAUUGCUCUGAAGAGCACUUGAAAGCCUUACAGAAUGAGGUGGUUUUAUCCCACUUUUUCCAGCAUCCCAAUGUAAUGACGCUUUGGACAGUGUUUACAGCUGGUAGUUGGCUUUGGGUCAUCUCCCCAUUCAUGGCCUAUGGUUCGGCUAGACACCUGCUGAAGACUUACUUUCCUGAAGGAAUGAGUGAAGCUUUGAUAGGGAACAUUCUCUUUGGUGCAAUCAGAGGAUUAAAUUACAUGCACCAGAAUGGCUACAUUCACAGGAAUAUUAAAGCUAGCCACAUUCUGAUUUCAGGGGAUGGGCUGGUUUCUCUCUCUGGCUUAAACAACCUCUACAGUUUAGUUAACAAUGGACAAAAGUCAAAGGUGGUAUAUGAUUUCCCCCAAUUUAGUUCAUCCGUGCUUCCCUGGCUGAGUCCUGAACUACUGAGACAGGAUUUGUCUGGGUAUAACAUGAAGUCUGACAUUUACAGUGUGGGAAUUACAGCAUGUGAAUUAGCCAAUGGACAUGUUCCAUUUCAAGAUAUGCCUCGCACUCAGAUGCUGCUGCAAAAGCUGAAAGGUCCCACAUAUUGUCCUUGGGAUAUAAAUACCUUUCCCUGUGGGGAAUCCAGGAUGAAGAAUUCCCGAUCAGGUGUUGAUUCUGGAAUUGGUGAGAGCAUGACACGCACAAUGACCAGUGAAAGACUACAAAUUCCCUUUUCCAAAACAUUUUCACCUGCUUUCCACAACUUGGUAGAACUUUGCUUGCAACAGGACCCUGAGAAAAGGCCAUCAGCAAGCAGUUUGCUUUCGCAUACGUUCUUCAAACAGAUAAAAGAACAAACACAGAAUUCACUACUGUCUCUAUUACCACCUCCUAUUCAAAAUAGCCGAUCAGAGUUCUUGGCACUGCCUUCAACAGCAGUUGGGACUGAACUUGGACAUAUUACUGCAAAUCAAGAUGAUACAGACUGGGAAUUCUAAAUAGAUACCAAACAAUCAUACCUCUUCUGUGCUUCAAAGAAGGAAAAUGUGAUUUGUAUUUGCUGCUUUAGUUUGUAUGGUUAAAAUACAAUUAGACAAGAUAUACUUGAAAAUGCCAUCAAAGUGGCCACAUUUCAUUAACUACUUCCUCUGCUGGCAUCAUGAAGUACAGCGUGCCUCACUUUCUGACCGUAACAAUAACUGUAUAUAGGGAAUGGCUGAAUGCUUGUCUCCCUCUUUCAAAGUAUUUCUUAACAAGCGAGUUCCUGCUGUAAUAUUACUCUAUCUGUAUUUUCAGCUCAUAUUGCUGCAGUCCACGUGCCUUUCUGAUUUCAGGCUUGGGUUUUGUCUAUGAUCUUACUUAAACAACCUGUAUGUCCCUUUCAUUAUCACCCAAAUUAUUUUAGUAAGGCGAAAUCCUCCACUUCCAAGUCUAAAUUUGAAACUGCACAAAUCAGUUUCUUAUGCAAAUAAAUGUUUCUCUUUUCACAUACCCCAAAAGGCAUUUUUCUCACUUGACAUGCUGUCAUACUUGCCAAAAUUUAGCUAUGUGUUAUUUUUCAUAUGGUUUUAAUACUGCAUGUUUCCCAAAGAAGUUAAGCUACUUGAAAAUGUGACUCAUGCUCUUGCAUUUGUCUACAUUCCUAGUACAAAUUUGUGCUUUUGCAUCUCCAUUUAUUGUUGUGUCAUUUUAGCAAUUAAUCUGAAGACCUCUUAUUAUGCAAAGUAAGUCUCAAGUUGUAACAGGUACGGGUUAUUUUUGAAGAAUCAUAUUAAAUAAUCUAAAGUUACUGUACAUAUUUUUAUUUAUACUGUGUUCCUGUUCACCACCAGAACUUAGCAGAACCAAAUACUGUUUUCUUAAAAGAACAGGCAACAUGCAUUAAACUUCACUGGCACUGCUGCUGGCAAACAAGCCUCUUCUGCAAGCCACGGUUAAAUUCCCAUGGAUAGGUUCAGCCAUAACAAGGACCUAAUAAACCCCCUAGGAUCCUAGUGAAUUUAUCUGUUCUAAGUCAGAUGAAAAACUGCCUUUCUUCUCCCUACAAUUCAGUAAAUUCUCAUCUCUCAUACUGUACCAGGCAACUCAAGCUGAACAAAAGCAGCUUCUUUUAAAAAAAGCAGCAUGUUCUUAUUGUGUUUUAGCAAAAGUUGUGUCCCAAAGCCACUAGUACUUUACUGAUGCAACUGAUGUAAGUUCUGACUGUAGUAAAAAGGUAUAGAUAUCAAAUGAACAUAUUUUAAAUUUAACAUAAACAACAUUCCACAUUGUCUUCAAGUCUUCCAUAGCUGAGCCAGUCUGCAACCAACCUUGAGAAUACUGCUGUUUUGCCAGCAGCUUCACUACAAAGCCUUGAAGACCAAAUGACCAAAACACAAGCCUGAGACAGACAUAAAAUUUUAAUGACCACAUUAAAAUAUUAACAAAAAAGUUGAUUCUACUCAUCAUGCUGUGAAGAGAGCUUUAUAUUUCAAAAAUUAAUACGUGAAACAAGAUUAAAAACCUUUCAAUAAA